GUUUUGCCAUUAGUUCCUGACUUUCAGAGACUCAUCAUGUCGGAGACUGCUCCUGCUGCCCCCGCCGCCGCGCCCCCUGCGGAGAAGGCGCCUGCGAAGAAGAAGGCUGCCAAGAAACCCUCGGGGGUGCGCCGCAAGGCGUCGGGCCCCCCGGUGUCCGAGCUGAUCACCAAGGCUGUGGCCGCCUCCAAGGAGCGCAAUGGCGUGUCCCUGGCCGCGCUCAAGAAGGCGCUGGCGGCCGUGGGAUACGAUGUGGAGAAGAACAACAGCCGCAUCAAGCUCGGUCUGAAGAGCCUGGUGAGCAAGGGCAUUCUGGUGCAGACCAAGGGCACCGGCGCCUCCGGCUCCUUCAAACUCAACAAGAAGGCAGCUUCCGGUGAGGCUAAGCCCAAGACCAAGAAGGCAGGCGCGGCCAAGGCUAAGAAGCCUGCGAGCGCAGCCAAGAAGCCCAAGAAGGCGACCGGUGCCGCCACACCCAAAAAAGCGGCCAAGAAGACCCCGAAGAAGGCGAAGAAGCCGGCGGCGGCUGCCGUGACCAAGAAAGUGGCCAAGAGCCCAAAGAAAGCGAAGGUCACCAAGGCCAAAAAGGUCAAGAGCGCUUCUAAGGCCGUAAAGCCGAAGGCUGCCAAGCCUAAGGUUGCGAAGACCAAGAAGGUUGCAGCCAAGAAGAAGUAGGCGGUCUCCUUAACAAUCCAAAAGGCUCUUUUCAGAGCCACCACUCCCACUUAAGAGCUGUGACAUUUGUAUAACUUAGCAAGGUUGCGUGGGACUCAACCCAGGCAGCGCUCGGCGGGAUGGGUGGGGUUGUCGAUCCCACCUAGAGUUGUUUGUGCCGGGCGGCUCAGGAAGUGCUAUGUGCGAGUGCACCCUCCCACAGCUGUCAACAGAAAGCAAUCCUUGGCGCUAGUGCGUAUUGGACUACAAUGUGAUUUGAAAGUUCCGCCUAGAUUGUGGGUUGGCUUACUCCGGCCCAGGACUUUAGUCCUUGGAUUGAUUGGGCGCCAUCCCGAAGUUUGCGCUUCCUGCGUGGAGAAACGCAUCCGGGACUUGUAGAUGGCUUCUGGGUUUAUCCUGUUGGUGUUAGCCCUGAAAUAUGGGAGGAGGUAGGAUGCUGGCGCUAACUUGCCUUCCUUAAUAAAAAGAGGGAUAACUGCCGGAACGAUUAGCCUGCUCAGAUAAGUUGGACUGAGGACUGAAACGGUUGUUUCUGGUACUUUUGGUUUGUUUGCUACAGCAAUGGAGUGGUGGAUUGAACUGCGUCACAACCUGGGUCAGCCAUUUUUUUUUUUAAGUUCAUUACUAUUACCGAUUAUUUUACUUGUUUUGCCUUAUUUUGAUACGGGAUAGUUGUAGAUUAACAUUGCCUCGGGUUUCCGAGGCGCUUACGUUAUACGUGUGUCAUCACUAAAGAUAGACUUCACAUAAAUACUGACGUUUAUUGGUAAUGCUUUGAACAGUCCAAAAUGUUAAUAAAUUUGCUCUGUUGAAGGUCUGUUUCUAAUAAAAGCUUUUAGUUUUCA